AUAAUGUUUAUCUUCAGUCAACCUAAAGACGAAGAUGCAGACAGACAAUAGAAAUAUCAGACCACAGGUGCAGAUAAACUUGUCCUCAAAUCCUCAACAGCCAGUCUAAAAUAAACUAAAUUAAAACUUCUUUUAAAGUCAUAAAGAGAGAGUAAAUCCAAGCAGUAUUUCUUCAGAUUUCUGUGCCGCGCUGUCUUCAGUGCAGAGAAAUCAUUUCCAUAGAGAGGAGUCUUUGCAUCUUCAGCUGAUCCUCCUGUGAACUGAGAAGCUUUAUAGUCCUGUGAGUUCAUCUCUGCAGCACUCAGAUCUGUCAGUCAACGCAGCACAAACCUCAACAUGACUCUCAGCACCUUCUUCAUGUGGACGCUGGCCUGCUGCUGGUUGACAGGUUUGUCCUCACAGAAACAUUCAAUCAUCUUGUGUUGACUUAUUUAAUUCUGCUGCAGAAUUAAUGAUGAAUUUUCUGUCUGCAGGAUGCAGAGGUCAGGUGACUGUGACUCAGCCUUCAGUGGAGACUUUCACUCCAGGAUCCACGGUCACUCUCACCUGUAAAACUGACCCAAAGGUGAAGGUUUGGACAGAUGGAGGUAGUCGAGUGCACUGGUAUCAGCAGAAACCUGGACAGGCUCCCAAACUCCUAAUAUAUAAUGGUAUUCACAAACCCUCUGGUCAAGGAGUUCCAGAUCGGUUCACAGGCAGAGGAGACGGAGUGAACGCUGCUUUGACCAUCCGUGGGGCUCAGGCUGAAGAUGCUGCAGUUUAUUACUGUCAGAGUGCACAUGAAAUAAACAGUGCUUGGGUGUUCACACAGUGAUUUAUGCUCAUACAAAAACCUCUCUCAGUCAGGCUGCAGAGACUCUGAACAGGAACUGACAGCAGCUGC